AUUUAACAUGCAACAUCAAGGAAUAUUAAAAAUAGGAUCAUAAGAUUCAUUCUCAAGAAAGAGUUAAAUGAAUCAAUUACAUACUACUCCAAGUCAUCGAAAGACUUCUUUAACUAAAUAACAAUCAAUAGAUUAAAUACCAGAUAAUGCUUUAGAGAAGUUUUACUUAUACAAAUAAAAAAAGAAUGAUAUUCGAAUGAAAUAACAAUUAAGUAAAUAAACUUAAAGAUCUACACAGAAUUCUAUUGCAUAAUAAAAUAAGUUCUUUAUUAAUGCUAAUUUCGUUAACAAUUAAGGUGGUCAAUAAAAGCGGUCUGCAUAAUCUGUUACUAUCGAAGCCAUGGAAUCAGUUAAAAGAACUAUUAAAACUGAUAUGGGCAAUCCUGCAUCUAUUUUAGGUAAAGCUAAAAGUUUAGGUCCAGAUGAAUAAAUGCAAUAAAUUAAACAUCAUAAUGUUGUUGUGAGAUUUGGAAAUUAAGACUUUUAUUUUUAUUUUGAACCUCAGUAAAUCUUUUAUAUUAUUUCUUUAGUUUGAAUAUGAGAUAAAUUUGGUAUCAAAUCUUGUAAAGGUUACAUGAUUUAGAAUUUGCAAAUCCAUAAGAAUGUUAUGCUAAUUUUAAAGAUAAACCAUCAGUUAAUUAAAUAGUUAGUUUUGUAUCUUAAUAACAUUCAAUAUCUAUCGAUUAUUAUAUUGCUUAACCUGAUUUAUCAUUUAAUGUAUUCAUGAAUUCUGGAUUAAAAUUAGAAGCAUUUCUAUUAUAAGCAUCACCAGAACCUAAAGUUGGUUUAAAAGAUUUUAUAUUCCUUAAAAAUAUUGGAGUUGGAGGCUUUUCUUUAGUAUAUUUAGUAAGAAAGAAAGACACAGGAAAAUUCUAUGCUUUAAAAUUAAUUGAUAAAGAAUUUAUUAUAGCUAAAAAGAAACAACAAAUAGUUCUUAAUGAAAGAAAUAUAAUGACACUACUAAAUAGUCCAUUUUUAUUACAUUUAUCAUAUGCAUUUGAAUCUAGAUAGUUUGUUGUUUUUGUUUUGGAAUUUUGUUAAGGAGGAGAACUCUUUUUUCAACUUAAAUAAAUUAAAAGAAUGAGUGAAGAAUAAGCUUGUUUUUAUAUUUCUGAGAUUUGUUUGGUAAUUAUCACUUUUAUAAUGAGGGUUUAUAAGAGAUUCACGCACUUAAUAUUUUGUAUAGAGAUAUCAAACCAGAGAAUAUUUUAAUGGAUAUAGAAGGCCAUGUCAGAAUAGCUGAUUUCGGAUUAAGUAAACCUGAAAUUGGAAGAGAUGAAAAAGCAUACAGUUUUUGUGGAUCUCCUGAAUAUAUGGCACCAGAAAUGCUUUUGAAACUUGGACAUUCACAAACUGUUGAUUUUUAUUGUUUAGGAGCAUUAUUGUAUGAACUACUUACUGGAUUACCUCCAUACUAUUCAACUAAUACAAAUUAAAUUUAUUAAGAUAUAUUAUACUCUAAAUUAACAUUUCCAAAUGAUGUAAAUAUUUAAUUAUUUCUUAAGUUAACUUUAUCAAAAGAAGUUAAAUCUUUACUUAUUGAUCUUCUUGAAAAAAAUCCUACCGAAAGAUUAGGUUCAAAUGGAGGUGUAUAAGAAAUCUUAAAACAUCCUUUUUUCUCUUAAAUUGAUUUUAAAUAAUUAGCACUAAAAAGAGUUAAACCUCCAUUUAAACCUGAUCCAUUAAAAAUGAAUUUAGAUGAAAAAGAAUCUCAAAAAGGAGAAUAAGAUUUUAGAAAAAAAAUUGCUUAAGGUAAAUCAAUGAAUUUGCCUGCUAUUUUUGGUUCUUCUUUUUAUUAUGAAUCUCCUCAAGAAGCUCAAACCAAAUCUAUUUAUAAAGAAUGGAUUUCACAUACAAACUUAUAACCAAAUACUCCAUGUAUUCCCUCAUAUCAUAGUUAAGGAAGGUAUUAAUUAUUAGAUAAAAAUUUAGAUCAGCAAAAUCUUAGGAUAUUAUUCCUUUGAUUUAAUCUGUAAAAAAUAAUCCUAGAUCUCGUUAAAUGUUAAGUUAAAAAUAAAAUUUUUAUAAGGCUUCAGGGUAAAAACCCUCUUUAGAGAGAAUAAAUUAGGAAAAAAAGUUUUUUUCUAAAGUGUGAC